AUGUCAGAUUACCGCUUGAUUGACAACCACAGAGAACCGACAAAAAUGUUGUUUGGAUUGGAGGUUCAAAUCACAAAAUGUGAACAUUCAGUGAGGUUCACUAGAGGUGAAUACAAUGAUAAAGAACUUGAAUCUGUGAUUGGAAAAACCGUGGAUUUAGAUGAUUUUGUUUUGACUAAAAAACACUCAUUUCAAUAUGGAGAUAAAUCAAUAUAUAUUUUGCAGACAUUCAGUGAAGAUCAAUGCUACAUAAAUGAACUUCCAUCAAAAUACAUUGAAAAGGUUAAUCAGCAAGGCAUAAAAGAAAAACAUAGAUUCAGUAUCACUCCUACUGACAUGUGUGUGACUGAUAACAGUGAUGUUUAUUUCACUGAUGAGAUUAACAAGUCCAUCAGCUGUCUGUCACCAUCAGGAUCUGUAUCUACAGUCAUCAGUACAGAUCCACUGCGACCAUUAGGAAUCUGUCUGUCAGUGGACGGUGGACUACUGGUCACCUUGAAAGACAAUGCAUUAGGUCUUCACAAAUUAGAGUUAUACAGCAGACGUCUGGUGAGACACAUCACAGUGACAGGUGAUGUCAUCCAUGUGUAUGAGUACCAGGAGGACGGUCACACCAGACUGUUUACAUUUCCAUUCAGAGUCGUACAGAACAGUGACAGUGAUAUCUGUGUAGUGAACCUAAAAAGUGGCACUACAGGUGAACUAAUGAUAAUGUCUGCCUCUGGUCAUAUGAAGUCUGUCUACCGUGGACAGAACCUGACAGAGGUCUUUAAACCAAUUGAUGUAGUGUGUGACUCCCUCUGUAACAUCCUUGUUACUGAUAUUAAAAACAAACAGAUCCAUCUACUGAGCCCUGAUGGGGAGUUCCUGAAGAUCUUACUAACAGAAAAUGAUGAGAACCUUCCAUCCUCACUGUCUCUAUACAAGUCUACACUGUGGGUGGGAUACCAGAAAGGACUUGUCAAAGUGUUUAAAUACAGAGUGUAG